UUUCUCCACCCUGUCGGUGUUUUCUGUUGAAUUUUCCUGAAGGUUCAUCAUCUGUGGACUUUUAAAGGCUGCCGAUAAAGUCCGGAGUUUUUUUUUUUUUUUUUUUCCACGUCUGGUCAGCCGCUUUGAGAGGGGAAAACGAAAAUCUCCUGCUGAUUGUGUCUGGACCUUCGGAGUUACUCCCGGACCAACUCGGACGGUGCAGCCGAAUCCACAGCUCCUGAUGUGAGCGAGGUGCUGAAUGUUGCUGAGUGCAUUUGUUCAGAGCAGCGCUGAACAGACCGAUGCCUUGCUGUCUUUCUGCGCUCUUCCUUCAGAGGAUGCGGGUUACGCAUCAUCACCGGCUAGAAUAAAGCAACACAUUCCACCUAGGCCUUUCGGAUUUUAAUGCUUUUAAGAGCGAAGACGGACCAGGAGACAGAAAACAUUCUGUUGGAGAGAAAUCGACUGAUUUCUACCGGAGAUGAAGUGAAGAGGGAUUUUUUCACCACAAAACUCCGCUGAAUGUGAAUGUUUUCUCCUUGAAUCGGCUCUUGUCCCGUGAAGCGGAAGAUGGUGUGAUCGUCCGACUAUCUGAUUCCACAGGACUCUAAUGGGUGACGCAUUUUAUCUGUUCAUCUAUCUAUCCAAAGAGUCUCAGUGAAGAAGGUGCGGAGGAUCCGGAGGAAAAGUGAGUUACUCCGCAUUAACGCCUUUCAUGCUAAUCGGCGUUAUUUCUGCAGUCACGAGCCAAACUACAAGGAAUUUGGUCUUAAACCCAGAGAAGACACAACACAGAUUUCCAUGUGUGAAGUAUCUCAACCCACAGAGUCUCCUGUGAGCGUACACACACACACAUCAGUGUGAGAGCUAGCGGCACACACUAUAUGUUAAUGUGAGAUGACGAGAAACUAAGUGACGACCGCAACCACCAGGAUCAGACAGCCUGCUGCGCUGCAAGAUGGAUUAAAACCCCACACCUCAGGAGAUCAAAGGUGGCUGUGGCAGGGGCACACCCAGGGCAGGACCCAUGAGGAGUCAUAGAAGAUGCUCACAGCCUGGGCGCUUCUGCUCUUCUUAGCCAUGUGGGUGAGAAGCACCUGUGGUGGACCACUUUCCUUCAGAAUAGCUGCCAUCCUUGAUGAUCCUAUGGAGUGCAGCAGAGGAGAACGUUUAGCCAUCACGCUGGCCAAAAACAACAUCAACAGAAGCAGCAACCGCUCCACCACGGGCAAACUGGAGGUGGACAUCUUUGAACUGCUGAGAGACAGUGAAUACGAGAUGGGAGAUACAAUGUGCCAGAUCAUGUCUAAAGGGGUGGUGGCAGUUCUUGGUCCGUCUGCCAGUCCAGCUUCAAACUCCAUCAUCAGCAAUAUAUGUGGAGAGAAGGAGGUACCUUAUGUCAAAGUGGCUCCAGAAGAUAUUCUGAAGGUCCAGCUCCCACGCUUCACCACUCUGGACCUGAGACCAACCAACACCGACAUCAGCUUGGCCGUGGCCGGCCUUCUCACCUUCUUUAACAGCACCACCUCCUGCCUCGUCUGUGCCCAGGCUGACUGCUUGUUGAACCUGGAGCAGCUCCUCAGACAGUUCCUCAUCUCCAAAGAGACUCUGUCUGUACGCAUGCUUGACGACAGCCAGGACCCGACCCCGCUCCUAAAAGAGAUUCGAGAUGACAAGACGGCCACCAUCAUAGUGGACGCCAAUGCCACCAUGUCACACAUCAUCUUAGAACGGGCCUCUGAGUUGGGAAUGCUGUCGGUCUACUACACAUACAUCUUCACCUCUCUGGAAUUCACGUUGCUACGACUGGACGAUGUGGCGGACCAACGAGUCAACAUCUUGGGUUUUUCAGUCUUCAACAGAACUCAUCCUUUCUUCCAGGAGUUUGUGCUGAGCUUGAAUCGCUCCUGGCAGGAGAACUGUGACCACGCGCCCUUCGCCGGCACUCCGCUCUCGUCAGCUCUGCUGUUUGAUGCCGUGUACGCGGUGGUUACAGCGGUUCAGGAGUUGAACCGCAGCCAGAAUGUUGGAGCCACUCAGCUCUCCUGCAAGUCCUCCAAGAUCUGGGAGCAUGGUACCAGCCUCAUGAACUACCUCAGGAUGGUAGAGUUGGACGGUCUAACGGGCCACAUUGAGUUCAACAGCAAAGGUCAAAGGUCUAACUAUGCCCUGAGGAUCAUGCAGAACAGCAGAGACGGUCUGAGGCAGAUCGGCCUGUGGCACUCUGAAGACGGUCUGUCCAUGGAGACAACUCUUCCAUCUAUCAAUGUGACGGAGACGCUCUUCAACACGACUCUUACUAUUACUACGAUACUGGAGAAUCCAUAUGUGAUGCUGCGGCAGAACCACCAGGAACUGGAGGGGAACGACCGCUAUGAAGGUUUCUGUGUGGACAUGCUGAAGGAGCUAGCAGACAUCCUCAAGUUUAAGUAUCAGAUCCGGCUGGUGGCGGAUGGAGUUUAUGGGGUUCCUGGAGCUAACGGGACGUGGACCGGCAUGGUUGGAGAGCUCAUCUCAAGGAAAGCCGACCUGGCGGUCGCUGGACUGACCAUCACUGCAGAGCGUGAGAAGGUGAUCGACUUCUCCAAACCCUUCAUGACCCUCGGGAUAAGCAUCAUGUAUCGUGUUCACCUGGGACGUCGGCCAGGACACUUCUCCUUCCUGGAUCCCUUCUCCCCUGGCGUCUGGCUCUUCAUGCUCCUGGCCUACUUGGCUGUCAGCUGCAUCCUCUUUCUAGUGGCGAGACUGACACCUUACGAGUGGUACAACCCCCAUCCUUGUCUAAAGGGACGCUGCAACCUGCUGAUCAACCAGUACUCACUUGGCAACAGUUUCUGGUUCCCAGUUGGAGGAUUCAUGCAGCAGGGAUCCACCAUCGCUCCCAGAGCUCUGUCUACACGCUGUGUCAGUGGAGUGUGGUGGGCCUUUACGUUAAUCAUCAUCUCUUCAUACACGGCCAACCUGGCUGCCUUUCUGACAGUUCAGAGGAUGGAGGUUCCCAUAGAGUCGGUGGACGACCUGGCAGAUCAGACGGCGAUAGAGUACGGCACCAUGCACGGAGGGUCCACCAUGACUUUCUUCAUGAACUCUCGGUACCAGACCUACCAGCGGAUGUGGAACUUCAUGCACUCAAAAGAGCCCAGUGUGUUUGUGAAGAGCACAGAGGAGGGGAUUGCUCGUGUCCUCAACUCGAACUACGCCUACCUGUUAGAGAGCACCAUGAAUGAGUAUUACCACCAGAGGAACUGCAACCUGACUCAGAUCGGAGGGCUGCUGGACACCAAGGGCUACGGCAUUGGCAUGCCACUGGGGUCAGUGUAUCGGGAUGAGUUUGACCUAGCCAUCCUCAAGUUACAGGAGGACAAUCGCUUAGAAAUUCUCAAGAGGAAGUGGUGGGAUGGCGGCAAGUGUCCAAAGGAAGAGGACCACCGUGCUAAAGGUCUCGGUAUGGAGAACAUCGGUGGAAUCUUUGUGGUGCUAGUGUGUGGCCUGCUGGUGGCUAUCUUUAUGGCUGUGCUUGAGUUUGUUUGGAUGUUAAAACAAACACCUGGGAACGAGCAGUCAAUGUGUGAGGAAAUGCUGCGGGAGCUCCAUGGGAUCGUGCUGUGUCGCGACAGCCUGCAGGUGAGGCGUAGGCGACCGGCAACCAUGCUGCGGCCGCGGCCUUUGCCCCUGGAGGAGCGUCGAGCACGGGCCGCCGCUGUGAGUCUCAGCAACGGCAAACUCUGCGGAGGCACAGGACUGCCGGAGCCUCUGUCUCACAGACUUGCUCAGGAGGCUGCCCUGGUGGCGAGGGGAUGCAGCCACAUCCGGAUCUGUCCUGAAUGCAGACGCUUCCAGGGACUGAGGAUGCGUCCUGCGGGGGCCACAGGAACCCUUCCAUCCCCCACACAUAGUGUGGAAAGCAUAGAGUGGGACAAGACCACAAAUAGCAGUGAACCUGAAUAACGCUCGGGGAAUCCAGCAGGACUGAUUUUUCCAGCAGCCAACUCUCUUUAUUCCAGGGAUCAAAAAAGAUGUUGAGGUAUUUUUAUUCAGCCAUUUGGAGCUUUGAAGGGCAGGACGGCGCUGUGGACUCAGCUUCGCCCUGAAGGCAACAGCCCAAAGUCAGUUUUUGGAAUCUCCUUGGGUGAAUUUUUGCCUCUGUAAGAGGAAAAACUGAUGAGUCUCUCAUUGUGGUCUGUCCCUGUUGGCCCUUUGUGCCCUAGAAAGCAGAACAGACAUUCACAGCUACGGGGCAUUUGUACUAUGCAGUAUUUUCAGUCAUUUAUCAUUGUGCUAUUUCUUUUUUUCUUUCUUUCUUUUUUAAAUUAUUUCCGUCUUCUGGUUAUCAAUACUAAAUAUUGUUAUUCUAUUCUUGAAAAUUGAAACUUAAAACUACUUCUUUAUUUUUUACCUGAGCCUGUAUUGCCUCUGAAAGAGCUGCAAAGGUGAACAAAGUAAUCCAAGAUCGUUCUUCAUACUGCUUUUAUUUUCAAAGUGCCAAAAACAAUGAGUGUUACUUUGUGGCUGAAGAAAGCACCGCAGCCUUGAGAAAACAACCAACUCAACCCAAGACAAUACAGACACAAUGACUUCUUUUAUAGUAACAGUAUUCUAUUAAAAAAUCUUUUAACCGUUGGCAUCUCUGAAAGACAGGGCUGCGUGUCUGGAGGUGUUGGCAGGUGGUCGUCAUAUGAGUAAUUUUUAAAGUGGUGGCUGAGCUGAAAAAUACCUGCUUCAAAUCCUGACAGCUUUACUCCUAGAAACACAUCCAUUUACAUCCUUCCUCCUCUACUGUAUGUCAGGACAUCAUUCUUCUCUUCAUUUGUAUUCCACUCUUCAUGCAUUUUUCAUCUCGUCCGAAGGCUUCUCUGUGAUUUCUUCUUUAAAUUUCUACCUGUUUGUUGCGCGCUGUUCUCCGUAACAGGUUACAGACUAUUUUCAGCUGCUCACUUCAUCAGGAGUGCUUUGGAUUUACCCACAUAUGAAUCAAACCCAGCGUUUAUUAGAAGUACCUAAAUCCAUAAAGUCCCUGGAACGGUAAAGGUUUUUUUUUAUUGCAGCAGUUUAUUUUAGGUCUUUUAAAGGUCAAGACAGUUAAGCAUUUAUUGAAUGUUCUGUUUUCAGUAAGUGCAUCGAAAAAAAAGUUAAAUAAAAAGCUUUUCAUGGAGACUGUAGGUAAAAUUGGCACAGGCGUCCUUAGGUUCAAACAUUAGCAUAAAAUUGUUCCAAAGUCAGUAUCAUUCGCAAAGAUCAUCCAAUCCAAUUUUAUUUAUAAAGCGCAUUCACAAGGCAUUACAACCAAACAAGGCGCUGUACACUAAAAAUGUUAGUUAAUUAAACCGGUCAGAGUUAAAAAGUGUUAUGAACCGAGGACCCAUGCUGCCAACUCUUUAGUAAGGAAAGUGGCUAUUUUCUGUCCUAAAAGGGAGUUCAAAUGUCACAGUAUGUUUAAAAGUAUAAAUUAUCUGGUGGUAGCUUUGCUAUUUGACAUUAACAAUGUAUUUUGAGUUUGAGAACAGAGGGGCAAAUCUUUCCUGCUCUGUAUACGAGGACUGGGCUGUCAGCGAAUGCUCUGGGAAACACACCUGAUUUCAAUCAGCAGGUGAUUAACAGGCUUGUUAAUGUUAUGAGCUUCUGCUCAGGUCAUUCAACUACUGAAUCAAGUGUGUUGGAGCAGAGAAACCACUAAAAUGUGCUUGAUACGGCCCUCUAGGACCAGGAUUGGGCACCCCUGGUCUAGGUUAUAUUUCCUUUCAUUUGAUUUCCACUCACAUGCUCAUGAAUUGACAGAAAAAAAUUCCAUUGUAACUUCUCCAUUGGUGUAUCAGUAUUCCAAAGCAAUUCUCCAUCAGGAACCGCAGGUGGAGUAGAUAAUUUCUGGCAGGUCUACCUACCAUUGCACUGACAUUUAGUUGACAACAGUUCAUUUACUUCAGCUUUUAAAUGCAAAUCCAUUAAAGGAGCAAUGGUUGACACAGGGUGAAUUUUGGUGGAGCUCAAACAGCUUGAUGACGAGGAACUAAAACUUGUUACAAAAAAAUUCCCCUGGAGCCAAGGAGACAGCAGCGUCAAGCUGGAAAUGAUCUUGGGCUGUUGGGUCAACCAAUCACAAACAAGCGUUCUCCUCUCUUCACUGCGUUCGAUGGAUUGUUCGUCGCCGUCCAUCCUUGCAUGUCUGUUGGAGAGCCCUUGCGCCAAUGGAUAAGGUUGCUGCGUGCCUCCACACCUCCACAGACAGAAGUAUCAAUUAGGCUUAACAAGAGAAAAAAGUUGCUGUUUUUUUAAAGAGAGGUUUGAAUGCUUGCUAAAAACUAGAAAAGGAUUUGCUAAGUAGGCAACACUACAGUGGAUACUAGCAGAAUGUCACUCAUUGCUGGGGCUUUCAAAUUAGGCUAAAAUGGUAAGAAAAUGUUGGUUUGGUUAAUAGUUUAUUUUUCGUAAAAAUGCUUCAUGGCAAUAAAUCUCAUGCUGUUGAAAAA